AUGUUCCUCAGCGGCCAAUCCUACGGCAUCUUCCUCCACUUCUUCAAACCCUCGACCGGCCUCGUCAAUGACAAUCGUGUCCUCCAAGUAAAAGGCCUCUCUAUUCUCGCCAUCCUAAUCUCCUUUCCCUCAAUCUUUACUACCAGUCUACCUUCUGCAAUUGCCCACUCGACAAACACCGGACUCUUGCACCUGCUGUCCUGGGUCUUCCUAGCAGGAAGUCUCAUGCUGGGGACUUGGUGCUGUGAAGUCACUGGCCAGGGAAACCUGUCGGUCAUCUUUGGAAGAGUGACGCCGAAAGAGGUUAUCAAUACUGGUCCUUAUGCGCUAUGCAGGCAUCCUGUGUAUGUGUCGUACAUGCUCGGUUGGGUUGGGAGCUUGAUCGCUAUGCAGCAGGAGUGGAGACAUAACCACGCGUUCUUUGGAUUCAUCAGAAUGGUGGCCAUGGCUGUUGUUGUGAUCGGACUGAUCGGCCUGUACAGAGAGGGUGCCGAGUUGGAGGAGAGGCAGUUCAUGCUCAACGAGGAUGUUGUCCAGGGCGAGAACGUAGAGCUGGGAGUCAGAAGAAAGUAUGAGAGUUAUAAGAGUGUGGUGGGUGCGAGAUGGGUUCCCGGCAUCAUCUAG